AUGAAAUAUUUCUUAUUUCUUAUUAUUAUUCGGAUUAUUUAUUGUUUUACACCUACUAAAUCUCCAUUUGAUGCAUAUGGUCUUAAACUUGCUGGUAAUGAUGUUCUAUUAGUCGAAUCUUUGGCUUCUGAUUCUUCUUUUUUCGUUCGUCUUGCUCCAUAUAAUUAUUCUCUCUCUUGUACAAUACCUUAUAAUAAUUCCAAUCAAUAUAUAUAUUCUGUGGCUGUUCAUUCCAAAGCAACAUAUAAUGAUACAAUUCGCUUUGUAUUUAUUGGUAUUAAUACAGAUACAGAUAUACCAUUUAUAGGUUCAUUAACAUACAAUGGUAUAACAGGCCCAACAUUUAUCGAUGCUGUUAAUUCAUCAUUAAAAGCGAAAUUUCCUUGUAAUGGUUGGAAUAAAAAUAAUUAUCAUAUACAUCAAUUUGAACAAUUUGUAAAUGAUGAUUUUGAAGACACGAAUAAUAAUGAUUUUUUCAUUGCUAUUAUUUCAUCAACAGGAGAAUUUGCAUAUGGGUUUACUAAUACUUUUUUAAUUAUUUAUGAUCUUAAUGGAGAUAAUAGUUCAAGUCAGUAUGGUAAUGUAACAUGGCCGGAUCCAUCUUUUCUUCCACGUGCUGUUGAUGUCAAUGAAGAUUUAUUAUUUGUAAUAAUUGGAUAUAUAGGUGAUCCAAAUAUAAAAUAUAGUCCAUGUGCUUAUCUAAUAAAUCUUGUAAAUUCCACAAUAUUUAAUAUAUUAGAUGAAUGGAUGUAUAGUCCAUCGAGUACAUCAUGGCAAUCUAGUCUUACUAAUUCUGAUGCUUAUAUUUAUUCAUCAAAAUAUGAUAUGUCAAUAAGUUUUAAUAAUGACGGAAAUGAAAUUUUAAUUGGUAUUCAAAUAAUCAAUAGUAUUCUAAUAUUUAAUAUUGAUAAAAUAAAUCAAAAAUUUAAUACAACAAUGUCUCAAACAUUAUCAAAUGGAAAAUCAAUUGGAAUGGGUAAAUCAGUUGCUUGGGUUGAUACAAAUAUUAUCAUUGUACUUGUUAAUACAUAUUCACUUAAUUAUAUUUGGUCAUCAUCACAAAUAUUUGCAUAUAAUAUAAGUCUUUUUAAUAAUUUUUCUGUUAUAUCAAUUUUUCCAAAUAUUCAACAAACAUUAACAUCAAUAUUUAGUCCAAAUCUUCUCUCAUUAGUGAUAACUGAAAAUGGUAAAGAGAUAAUAUUAGAUUCCUAUGGUAAUUAUUAUAUUUUAUUACCUUCACCUGCUGGUUCAUAUUCAGAUAGUAGUUCAGGUACUUAUUCAACAUCAUCAUUAUGUAUUCCUGGUACUUUUACUUCCGACGAAGAUAUAUAUCCAUGUCAACUUUGUCCAAGUGGAACUACAACAAAUGGUUUAGCUGGACAAUCUUCUUGUGUUGAAUGUUCAAAUGAUAGUUUUUGUUCAUUAGGUGCAGCUUUUGGUGAUAUAAAUAUAUCUUCAUCAAUUUUAAAAAGUAUUAAUCAAAUCAUUGCAUAUCCAGUCUCACCUCAAUCAGUUCGUUUUGAUAAUAUAUUAAUACAAAAUAUGCUUGUAAUUUAUAAUCCUUCAUCACCACGUUGUUUAGUUUUAUCACCACUAUUUUGGGCAAUUAUUGUUAUUGCAUUUGGUUUAUUAAUUCGAAUAAUUCGAUUUAUUCUUAAACAUUAUGUUAAAAAUCCAUUUGGUGACAAAACUCAACAAAAAAUGAAACGAUUUUUUAAAAAAUCAGAUUUAAUUGGUGAAGGAGAAUUGAUUAUAGGUGGAAUAUUUAGUUUUGCUAUUCUUGUUAUUGUUAUAUUUGCUUAUACAUUUAGUAAUUCAUAUUUUCAUCGUUAUCCUAUUGAACAAAUAAAUGGAAAUGCUGAUUUUGCUUGUGAUCAAACAUUAACAAAUGCACAAUUUAGUUCUGGUUUAAUGCCAAUUGGUAUUCCACCUGAUGAAACUGAAGAGCCAAUAUUUAAUUUACUUGAUAAUCAAUUAUUUACAUUAAAUAUUGAUUUUAUCAAUACAGUAUUUAAUUGUACAGAUAUAUCAGUAACACAAAUAAAAGAUACAAGUUUACCUAUGAAUAUAAAUUCAUGUAAUGAUUCACUUAGUACAACAUCAUUAUCAUUAAUUCUUCCAUCACAUGAUAUAAAUAUACAAAUACAAUUAUCGGGUAUUCAUACGAUUGGUGCUCUUAGAAUUGGUCUUCAAGGAUCUAGUCAAGAUAUGAUAAAUGAAACAUUAAAUGCUAUUUAUACACUUUCCAAUCUUAUAUUUGCUGAUAGUUUAUUUAUGAAUGAGCAAAUGUUAACACAACAAGUAUCAUGUGCAUUACAAUUGACUAAAGUUAUCAAUCGAACGUAUCCAUUAGAAGAAAAUGCAGCAACGGAAUUUAAUGCUGUUUGGUUACCUAUUAUUUCUGGAAGUACUUAUCAAAUGUUUGUUGAUGAAAGUGAAUAUAAAUAUAGUACAAGUACAACUACCACACUUUCAAUUGUAAUUAGUGAAACAUCUUAUUAUACAUUAAAUAUACAAAAACCAAUAACUGAUUAUAGUGAACUAGUUUUUACUAAUCUUCUUUUUACAAUUGUAUGUUUCGAAAUAUUUGGUCUUGGUUUUCUUAUUUUUAAACUUAUUAUUAUUCCAUUUAUUAAAUGGAUUUUUAAUCAUUGUUCUUGUCGUCGUCAUCGUCAAUCAUCGAUUGAUAAAUCAUACGAUAAGCAACUUAAUUUACCAAAUAUAUUUGAAACUCGAAUGUAA